UGUGUCUAAGUGAAGCAUUCUCGGCGUGUAGUUGAAACGCGACUUGGCGCCGCCGGUCCAACUCACGUUUUGCUCCAGAUGACAUGCAACGAACGCGGUGACCUGAUCCGCACCAAUCAGGAUGCUCGGGAACGAAUACACGCUGCUUCUUUACGACACACGGACGUAUCAGCAGCGGCUAUCAUGCGCGACGCCCGAAGACCGAGACCGUCCUCUGAUGGCGGCCUUGACACCACUUGACACUGUCAUGGUACCGCCUCUGAGAAGAUGCACGGCGAUCCGAGAAAGCAGGGCGUUGGGCUUCCGGAUGCCCAGAAGCUUCGUCCGCUCAUGCAUAAAUGCCGCAUACGGAAGCUCGGGAUGCCACGCGCUGCUGCCUCGAGGACGCUUAUGCCACCCGAUACGCCGUUCGCUAGCCCGUCACGUCGGUACAUAAGAGGUCGAGAUGUUGGUCGGUACCAGUAUCCAUCGGCUCUCUCCUCCGCGAGACCUCCCUACCCACCCUGGUUGGAAUGGCUUCAGCAAAUCGUCGUGACGAUGCCACUCUGCAACGGCCAACCUUUGACCGCGCGCACUCGAAGGUUUCCAUGUCCACGGUUAUUGAGGAAAGACUCGUUGCCCCUGAAAUGGAGUACUCUGUUCCCAAGAGUCGAUGGCUGACCAUCCGGGAGCUCGUUUCCGAGCCUGCGGGAGAGUUUCUUGGCACGAUGAUCCUUGUUAUCUUCGGUGCGGGGGUCAACUGCCAGGCUUCUCUGUCUACGAGUACCCUGGUUUCCGCCACUCCCAAGGGCGACUUCGUUUCCGUGUGUCUCGGUUGGGCAGCAGGGGUCGCACUCGGUGCAUGGGUCUCCGGUGGCAUCUCCGGCGGCCACAUCAACCCUGCGGUCACCCUUGCGUUCGCCACGCUACGUGACUUUCCCUGGCGGAAGGUGCCCGCAUAUGUAUUAGCUCAGCUUCUGGGUGGUCUCUGCGGUGCUGGGGUUGUGUAUGCUAACUAUAUACACGCCAUUGACGCGGUCGAAGGGGGGCGACAUAUUCGCACGGUUCCUGGAACCGCCGGACUCUUUGGCACCUACCCGGCAGAGUACAUGACCUCAGUAUCAUGUUUCUUCGAAGAGUAUCUCGGCACCACCAUCCUGCUCCUCGUCAUCUGUGCUGUGACAGACAAGAGAAAUGCACCUCCGCCAGCUGGUCUCGUUCCCCUCGUUCUUUUCGUCACCAUCCUGGGCAUUGGUGCUUCGCUCGGAAUGCAGACCGGUUUUGCUCUGAAUCCUGCCCGCGACCUUGGCCCGAGGAUUUUGACGGCGAUGGUGGGCUAUGGCAAAGAAGUCUUCGAUUUCAGGGGGCAGUAUUGGCUGUGGUGCCCAAUCUUGGCACCUAUCCUCGGUGGACUCUCUGGCACUUUCAUUUACGAUCUGUUGUUCUACAAGGGCACGGACAGUUUUCUUGGCAAAAAUGGCAAGGAUGUCUUCGCUGAGAAGAACCCAAGCCUUUCCGUUGCAGAGUCUUCUGUCUAACGACCGCGCUGCAUGGCCCCUUUCCGCCUGAAUUUCCCUUCGCUUGUUGUUGUCUGUUGUUACCCCUGGAAUUGUUGUUGUAGUACAUUUCACACUCCUUUUAGGUCGCCGUGCGGAU